AUGUUAAGAAGCAGUACUUUGGAUCAAAAAGAGCUGAAACGGCGUGAAUCAUUUUUGCGUGAUAAUACUCGUCCAUUGAAAUUGGGAGACCCAACAACUUGGCCUCGUCGCUGGGGUGUUUCGUUAUUUGGUAUUGGUACUGGCUUGUUAAGUUGGAAAUAUUACACAGAUUGGUCACGUAAACCAUUUUUUUACAGUUUUUUUGCUCGUUUUGCUGCGUUGAUGUUUUUGGGUGGUGUAGGAUAUGUAGUUGGUGCACUUCGCGAAUAUCACUACAAAACCCGUGACGCUGUUAUCGAACAUUAUAUUUCGCUUCAUCCGAAUGACUUUAGCCACUUGAUUGAUUAUGAUUUAUUUAUAAAAAAACGACAACGAGUCUUAGCACGAUUGGAAGCGCGUCAUUCUCAGCAAACAGUGGGAGUAAAGAAAUUGUCUACUUCAACAGAUUUUGAUGAUCUGCUUACAAAAGUUUCACAGCUGAUUAGUUCCUCUGACUCAAGCAUCAAGCCUGAAUUCCUCCAUGAAUUAGAAACUGCACUUACAAUAAUGCCACCUGGUCAUCAGUCUCGUCGUAUGAAAGAAGCUUUAAAUGUUCUACGUAGUCGAAUGCAAGAGCAAGUCGGUUUGGCAAGUCAUCAGUCAGUGUUUUCAUUUGCUGCUGAAAGUAAUGCUACGGAAUUGCCCAAGUCGCAAACAACGGUUGCUGAAAGUAAUGCAUUGGAAUUACCUCAGUCGAAAACACCGAUUGCUGGAAGUAUUUCUCUUGGUACCAAUCAAACUGUGGUGAGACUACAGACACAAAGUGCUGUGCAAAUGAUAGAUAAGCAUGAUGAAGAAAUUACUCUAGUGGGCAACGACAAUGAUGAAGUAGUGAUUAGUAAUGUCGUUAAAUGUAUUGUUCGCGUCCCAUUUAGAGCAUCAGCUGUACAUAUGAAGUCGGUCAAGCACACAACGCUGGUUUUUGCACCCGUCAGAACAUCAUUUCUAAUUCGUAACUGUGAAGAUUUAACAAUGGCAGUAGCUGCACAACAAGUACGCAUCCAUGAUAGCCAUGAGAUCCGUCUUUAUAUUGAGGUGCGUGCUGCUCUGAUCAUUGAAGACUGCGAUGGGAUACAAAUUGCACCAUAUAACGUUGUUGGUUUCCAAAGUCGUGUAGAAAAUGAUUCAUGGUGUAAUGUUUAUGAUUUCAGUUGGCUUUCUACCGAAGAACAUAGUCCAAAUUGGAAAAUGAUGACAGAAAAUUUAGAUAAAUGCUUUAAUUUGUAA